AUGACAACUCAGGGACAAAUCCUCGUUUACGGAGGGCGGAAGGUAGAAAUCUCCAUUUGUACGAAAUUCUUUCUCUUCGGCUUCAACACUUUAUUUUGGCUUAUUGGAAUUGCCUUGAUAGCAAUUGGUGUUUGGGCAUGGACAGAAAAAGGGUUCUUCGACAAUAUCAGUCAAGUCUCUGAUAUUCCCUUUGACCCAGUUGUGCUCAUCAUUUCGAUUGGAAUGGUGAUGUUCAUCCUUUCUUUUGCCGGUUGUGUUGGAUCGCUGAGGGAGAAUAUUUGCCUCUUGAAAUUCUUCUCGACAAUCUUGGGGAUCAUUUUCUUCAGCGAGCUGGUGUGUACUAUUCUGACCUUCCUCUACAAAGAUUGGUUCAAUCAGAAGUUUAACGACUUCAUCGAUACGACAAUCACAAAAUACCGCGACGAUCCCGAUCUACAAAAUAUUAUCGACUUCGGCCAGCAAAAACUCGAAUGCUGUGGGGGCGUGCAAGGACCACAAGACUGGGAGAGCAAUAUUUAUUUCAACUGCUCGAGUUCUAUUGAGUUGAAUGGGAUAGCGUACCGGCCGGUCGAGUCUUGUGGUGUGCCGUUUUCUUGCUGCGCUCAUGGAGAUGUCAAUUUUGAUGGGAUCGCGAAUACUCAAUGUGGAUACGGAGUUCGCACCAAAAAGGAAUCUGAUUGGAGCGAAGAUAUUUGGACCGACGGAUGCAUUGAAAAAUUCGAACAGUUCUUGAGACAAGAAACUAUCUUUGUUUCUGGAAUAUUUAUUGGUGUUGCUUUGCUGCAGAUCGUGCCAAUUUGCUUUGCGCAGAACAUGAUAUCCGAUAUUGAGGCAAUCAAGGCGACCUGGGUACGAUGA